GUUCAGUUGACCAGUCAUUCAAGACAGCGAAGCCAUAUCGACAGCUCUUUAAACGCAGCUUUGUGAUUUUGCCCUGCAGUUAAACACAUCGACAAGUCAUUAGUAUAAGUCGUCGAACUGAAAGGUAAACUUGAUUAGUAUUUUUUGCCCUCUGAAUAUUUCAAUUCGUUUUUUUCGCUUGGCUAGCACGCGAUGGAAAAAAAUGAGUGCUGCGCGCACAUGUAAUAUCUACGUUGACGAAAUAUAGAUCACCAACGUUGUGAAAUAUCCAAAGAGACGGUUGAAAAACAAAGAAACGGGUGAGAUUAAUGUACAAAAAAAAAGUUUGGUGUAAACACAAUCUUGCGAGAUAUAAUGAUAGUGUUACGCAGACAACAAGAUGUGAUGAAAUGCUCUUUCAAAUCAAGGUCUCACAACCAUUUUGCUAAAAUCACAAUGAUAAGCCGACAUAUAACUUACAAGAAAAAAAAACCGACAGGCUUAGACUUUCUAAAUCCUGGCGACAAAUAUGGCUUUGAGACGAAACAACAAAAACAGACUGUAAAACGACUAUUCAGUCUCAAAACUCUACUAAAUUUCUUGAUUUUUGCAACUCCAUCACGUACGCAACUUUGAGAGGGAAAUUUGUCCUUGUCUCCCCCACUAAUCUACCAUUCCCCCCCCAGACCCCCUCCCCCCAUAUCGAGAAUUCUCGAGAUUCUUGAUCUUGUCGUCAAAGGAACAAAUCACUUUAAAACAACAAUCCUAAAAACUUAUUUAAAUGAGUACAACAUAUCACGAUAACGAAAUUAAAAUUAUAGAGCAUGUAAUGUGUGCCCUGCGCCGCCAAAUAAAUCCGUCAAACGCCACUGGAAAAAAAAUACACAGUCAUCCAAGUCUACAUUCUUUCAGAACACACACAUGAGCGGAAUUCAGUGUCUAGCGGGCUAUGACUGUAACGGUUGAUAACGAUCUUCUAAGAAUAUCUUGGCAAAAAUUCGAUGCAUUCAUAACGGAUUUUUGUGUGUCUGUCCGUGUGAGGGUUUGGAGUUUGCAAGUUAAUUUUGUGCUGAGCCGGAAGACGGUCGCGCGCCCGUGAGGAAAGUAUGUUCGCGAAAUCAAAUCUUACGGAUCUUUACGGCGCCUGUGAUCUGGUUACAGAGCGUUUCAGUUUUCCCGGAGGAUUUUCAACAACCGAGCCUCAUGGCUUGGUUUUUCAGAAAAAGCACAUGACUUUUAGAGCCUUGAGUCCUUUUCAUGAAGACAGAAUAAUUAUUAAAACAAACUUCGUGGCACCAAAUCGUAGCUUGUUGCAGUUUUCACAUAAAACUCGCGAGAAGUAACUGUUGAACAUAAUUCAGUUUGUCAACGAGGUGCAAGUAAGAGAGGAGGAGUCGGGAGGAGGGGGAGGGGGGAAAGGUUUUGCACGCAAAACGGUGCAAACAUCCUUUGCUGUUUACAUUAUACCAUGGUAAGUUUACAAAAUUGUGCCGCCGACGAAUACAGGAUGUUUUUCUCAAAUCAGAACUGCAUGGGAGCCAGCAAUCGAGAUCGAAAAUUCCUUUCUCGAUUUAUUGACGUAAUCGGGUGUAUUUAUAUAAGCUGCGCUGUAAAUUUCAUCAGAUUAAGCCACUAGCUAGAAUAACAACAAUUGUGGAUCACCGCGGACGCAGUUUCUACAUCGUCAUAGGUUUUCUACUGAUCGGUGAACAAUAUUGUUUAAGAGAGAGUGCCUUCUCUACGUAAGUACAAAUCCGUUUGUCAGUUUCUUUAAAAGUUUUCGAAAUUUUUCAUUCGUGACCGCAGCUCAUGGAAACAGAAAACGAAUUACUGUAAGUUAGACGUUUCAGUCUCAUGAAGAUCAGCACAAUAUUAAGUGGUUCUUGUCGUGGUAUAAGGGUCAUAAAAUGAACUAACACUUUAAGUCUCUUGGAGAACAACAAGUCAUUGCCAAACGUUUGGUAACGCCCAGGUCAUGGAAUAUCAGUGACGUCACCUGUGCCAAACAGUGAUAUUUCCUCUCUGAAAUACAACAACAAGGUUCUUUCGACCAUUGUAUUUUCUCGUUGUGUCAUCAAUCGAACGAUAGUUCCUUCAGUUCUGUGUUCUGCCGGACGAAAUACUGACAAAUUUCGAUUCACCGCCGUUCCCUUCGCUAACCUGCGAGCAGAUUUCAUUUUAACGGGCGAGAAACAUUGCUUCCCUGUUGUUUACAAAUUUCUUGGCGGUGAGGGGAAACAGCGUUGGAGAAAUUUUCAACUUAGGUAUUUCAAAAACGAAACUCUGCGCGUCACGGAAGACACAAUGGCUGGGAAGGAAUAAAAACCGAAGAUAAAAAUGUCACCUGUUACGGUAAGCCGUGAGAAAAUGCGGUUAGUUGUUCUUAAGAAAAAUUGCUUAACUGAUGUUCCUAACUUGUGAGACGAUUUUCCUAUUGUUUCCAUUAAUAGGUCACCCGUGUAGCUAAUGAAAAAGGCGAGGCGCUAAAGUGCUUAUGAAGAGUCUUUCCGGCCAAAAGACUGUAUUGUGACAAAUCGAAGACAAAUUGGAGUCUGAAAAGUUUAUUGAUCAUUCAAAGAAGCGCUGCUGUUGUAAUCACAAUAAAUAUUCGCACGCAGUUACCAGGUUUCCGGAGAAGUUUUUCAUCAAUAUACGAUUUGCAGAUAAGCAAAUGACAGUAAAUUCCUCUGUGGUUUCUAACGGAAAAUGAAGCAGUUACGAAAGUGCUUGUCAUACAAUGAGUGCCUUGUCGUUACCCCUUCAAAAUGAAAAUCAUUACUUACUUUGCAAACGCCCAUAAAAUGAAGAUGAGAUCGUCCGAUUUUGAGUGGAGUCUUCCUGAGCCUUGUUAGUUUGGAUUUUAAUAUAUGCGUGUCUAAUACAGAAGAUAAAAUCGGAGAAUCUCUCUUAAAACUUUGAUAGGAAAUUCUUAUUGCCAUAUUUCGGAAACGUCAGAAUUUUUCGUCUGAGUUUUAUUAUACAGUUACAUUGUUCAUCACAGGAGGUGUUUUUUAAAUUAACCUUUUUUCCUCUUGCUCUCAAAUCUCUUUCACGUUUGCAUAUGCAUAUCAUUGGCUGAGUUUAUUAGUUUUUUUCGAAUAUUUUUCCCCGUAUCGUAAUCCACUCGCGAGGGGAGAGAUGAAAGUAGCAUGGCUUAAAAGAUCGACGGACUGAAACCUUGUUGUGUGGGCUUAAAAUCCCCUUUCGAAAACGUCCUCAAAUACGCUGUCGAGCCGGAGACAUGGCGACGGGUAUUUUCCCUUUUGUUUGGUGCUAAGAGCGUUAUUAUUUGAAAGAGAACAACCGAUUAGAGACGAUUAAGUGUUAUAAAAUAUAAAACCGCUCGGAAUUUCUAUUUUAGUUUGUCUGAUCCUUAGUUUUAUUGUGGAGAUCUUUAACAUUUCCCAGACCCAAUUGAACUUUUUAUCGUGCAUUACAGCGUUUUUAGAUCAGAAGCCCUCUUUUGAUUGGUCGAUCUGGCACUACCUAGCCAACUGCGUUAGCAACUGUCUUUCUCGAAACUCUACAGUCUUAUUUCUACAGAUUAUGGAAAGGAAAAUGAUAGAUUACCGAGAGAAGGCGAUUAUCAAGGGGGGAGAAAACGCGCACAGGGCACUGAGAAACUAAAGACACUUCCAAACUUUAUUGCACACGACACUUGAUAUCAGCAAUUUUGAUUGACAAAUGAUUCCCUUCACAUCGGCGUAACAUAACUCCCUUAUGGAAAAGGUUUCCUUUUAUUGGUUGUAAUUAACUUUUUGUCAUGUAAGCGAAGACAAAUCGCGCAGACGAUUAGUAGAAUAGAACUCUGAAUUUGCUCUUUUCCGAUUACUUGUCUGAUCACAGAAAAAGAAAUGGGUCAUCUUUGGACCUUCCGCUGCGCAAGCUCUAAGCCUUAUCUCUGUUGCAACCAGUACAGUACUUCCCGCUAGCUGUAAACAAUUAUACAAGUCUUUAGAGAUAAGACCAGCGGAAUGCACUCGGCGUUAAAAGAUCCCGAACAUAAAGUCUUGCCUCGUGCAAUAUCGUGCGCUUAGAAGCUCUUAGAAGUUGUACAAAUCGGAACCAACCAGCUCUCCUGACGGCUAGUCGCGACUGAACGAUUUAACAGCAAAGCCGAUUUAACCACUCUGUGCGCAUAGCUGCCCUCGAACAAAUGCAACACGUCAACGGACAUUGUUAAACAAACAGUCUCGAUUACUCGUAAUGGGUCGCGAUAUUUUUGUUUAGAAACGAUUACUGAAAUUGUGUCUCCGCAGCUAGGGUGUAACACAAUAUCUGAAGCAAUCGAGAUUUGGUCUGCCGGGAGAUCAUCACAGUGUCAGUUGGUUUGAAGAGGGCUCGGAGUUAAGGUUGCGCACAAGUUCAGCACUCCACAACAACUCAGAUCCAUACGCAAAUUGAAAGCAUUCAGCAAUGAAGACCAUGAUUCAUCUAGUGGCCCUUUCCACGCUGAUGACUCUACAAAUUCUUUGUUUCUUUGGAGGAAUCCAGGUAAGAGGAAAAACAUUGGUGGUUUUACUAGUUCUGUCGUGUUUCUCUUGUUUCCGGUUCUCUGUAGUUUACAUAGAAAACCCAUUUUUACAGCGUUAUUAAUAGGCGAGUGACAGAUUGCCUUUGGACGUUGAAAAUACAUUUUAUCUGCGCUGACACGGGACAAUAUAUCUUACUUUCCCGUUUUUGUCUUCCCGCUGCGAACAUAGGGGGGGCAAUUUUUGAUGUCUUGUUAUGUUUGAAAACUCGAAAGUUUAUGUUACCCAGCGGUGCUUCCAUACACAAUAAACAAAGUAGUUUACUUAACAGCUCGUGAUAACAAAGCCUCACUGCUGUGUGCAUCUUAUUUUAGCGCUCACUGUAGCCAAUGACAAUGUGAAAGCAUCAUUUGUCAGGCACAUUAAAUACGUUAUUGAGUGAACUCAACAGAUGCCCGGCGUUUAUUUCGCGUGUCGCACAACUCGUACUUUAAGUUGAUGGUGUUUCAUGGGGUGUGGGCACUUUGUAAGCGGCAAGAGAAUAACGCUCGUAAAUAGAAUUGUUGAGUUAACUUGUCUUAUUAACACUGGGGAAAUUAAAAUAUACUAAGGUUUCAAGCUAAUGUCGACGUGUUCUCGGUUUGAAGAGGUCACAAGGGCACUUAGAAAUACACUAACCGUAAAUUCAUUCACGCGUCAAAUUUGUCGUUCUCAAACGAAGCGAAAAGAUGUGUGCAAUAUUACAACAACAACCUACUCAUCAACAAUUUGAACAUUCCUCUUAGAACUCAUGGAUCAAUACUAAUGGCGCUGAAAACACGCCUUGUAUAGGAGAUAAAGCUAUAGUUCGAGUAAUACCUUUUUGAAAUAACAGUAAAGAAUAUUAUCUUAUUAACAGAGUUUCAAAGUCGUGACUACAUUUUCGCUAUUGCUGUCAACCUUUAAACACGUAAAAACAAACACGUCCUGAAAAAUCAGACCAGAUCCUUCGGUUAAGUUAAAAUAGUCUAUAAUUGAACCUCCUGAGUAGUUUUUCAAGAGCGAAUCAGCGUAAACUGAAUCAGCAAAGUGCAUCCAAAACGUGUUGUGUUUCAUUAGUGGAGUUUUUCGCUCUUAUCUGUCCAUCCUACUGAUUGCGAGUAUGGUGGAAUUAGAUCGUCUGAGCUAUCAUUCUAUGCUGUUAAAUCCCAUGUGAUGGAAAGCAGUAGGGAACCGGAGGUAUCUGCGGAAUUUUCGUGACUGGAAGUGUAUAUUUGUCUGCGCAAUUACAUCAAAGUGAGCGUGUUGUGUUAGGACAAUUAUUCUGCAAUUUCCGAAACCAGGGGGCCUUCCGCAGUUUGUUAUCCAACCUAAUAAAGAAGUGGUCAAUCAAAAAACGACGUAUUCUCAUUAGAAGCUCUUGCAGAUUGACAUCAGCACACGAAAAAAACAUUUUGCGAUCAUCGCAAAAGAGCGAACGUGACUUUGUGCGCGCAAGGUUGUUUUCAUGAGCAAAACUGGUUACCUUCCGCUAGAAAUCGUUGGCGGAAUGAACUGUUUGCUUAACUAAGCCGAUCUCCAGCGCAAAUGAAGAGUAAACACGAUGUUUACAGAGGUGUAUAUUGACUUAAGGAAAACUCGCUUGUGGUGCUUAUUUGCGCGAACGUCUUAGGUCACUAGACGGUAAACGGCGCGAAUUAGAUAGCAAGUUAUAUGGUUAAACAACAUCAAAAUACUUUGGCGCGCGGACGUGAUUGAUGAUACUUUCACAGAUCUUUUAAUCAUAUUAAUGUUUCUCUUGCUUGUGUUUGUCACGGGUCUAAAAGUGAUGUGAUUUUCUCCAAGACUGAUUCUUUAAUUCACCAUAUGUUUUUAUAUUCAGAAACAAGGUUAAUUCGUAGAUUGUAGCUAUGACGGCAAAUUAGCCACUUUAAUGUUAACAAUAUAUUACUGUAUAUUUCGUCUAAAGAAGAGAGUUUCUUUCAAUCUCAUUUUUUCAUCACUCAACGAAAGAACCGAUAGGUCAUCCUUGCGAAGGCAUAUGGUUUAUUAGUCAAGUAUUCUGGCCAAAAUUUGUGGAUUCAAUUUGAUAUCUGUCGCUCUAGCAAAAGGGAGGUCCUAUAUCAACACGACGCUUAAUAUACACUUUCUCAUUCCGUCGACUUAAACAAAGUGAGGUAUUUGGUAGGAAAUUACGUCAUGUUAUCAAAAAUAUGUGUAGCUCUGUGCAUUACGGUUUAAAAUAAGUGGGUGGUUUGGCGUGAAAUGAAAUGCGAUCUGGCGGUUUCGAAUCGAAUCCGCCCUCUAGGGUCUGUGGUAGAUCCAUCUCAAAUUAACAUGUCACCAAAUGAGGUUACGGAGGAACUACGUAUACUUCAAAGCAAAACAUAUAGAAGACUUAAGAGAUAGCAUAAUCAGAUGUUAGAUAAGGUUGAUUUUUUCCGCUUUAGCGAAUUCAUCUAGGGGUUUUUAAGGGGUCCAUGACCGAAAAUGAAUUUGAAUUCGUCCAGUGUUAGGUGUAAGAUACCAUUUAGUUCUCAAUAACUCGGUCUACUUAUAAAGUAUUCGACCUCAAAACAGCACUUAGUUGCGGUCCGAAUACUCUCCAAUGAGAAUCAUAUUUUUCUUUGUGAAAGAUUUCUGAUCAGUGUUCAACAUUGUUCCAUUCGGAGAGCUGUCCCUUUUCUUCAUGGCUAUCAGAAUUAACCUCCGAGAAAAAUAAUUCUUGAUAACGUCAAAUAUUGAAAAACACAUGCCCCACAUUUUUUAAAUCUUCAGCAGGACUUACAAGCCCGCGACAGUUCCAUCCCACGAAAAUUAAUGAUGCAGAAUGUCUUAAAACUAUCCAAAGGUAUUUGGAUCACAGUUAAGCGGACUUUGAAGCAACUGUGCCGCUUACUGCUCUUGAUACAAAAACAAUGAACAAGUACCGGCAUUUUUGAAAAAUUUAAGCCUCUGAAAGCACCGCGAUUAAACUUAAAAUUCUUCUAAGUAUUUUAUUUUAUUCAUCUCGGAUACUCUUCUGAGAAAUAAAAUUUCGGAUCCAUUGUUUCACAAGUAUAUACUAUCAGUUACAAUGUUCGAGCGACUUAACAGCUUAAAAGAUCUAGGUAAGCCAACGAAAGAUGUAGUUCUGAAUUCUCCUUACUAAAUCGCUAAUAAUACCCAAUAAAACGAAGGGAGAUUUUAGGAUUAAACAGUAAAAUUGACUAUAAUUUUCUUACUGGUUUUCACCUCAAAAUCUUUAACAGCAUUUAGAUAGUUAAUUGAACGUUUCCUUCAGAUGAAAGUAACUUCUAUGUACGUUUACGAUUCCAUGUUGCAAAGUCGUAAAUUUCCUCUCCCUGAAAAGUUCCACAUAAUUUGUCUUUACAAAGUUGUUUACAUAUCGUUUGAAUUUCUCCAGAAGGAAUUUCUGGAAAAAUUCACGCUCGGGUCACGUUUUAACACCUUUUGAAAUAUAAAAUUACCAAGAUUAAUCGCUAUUAACUAAAUAAUCCCCGUUAAAAUCAUGCCGUGUUUACUUUGCCUGUUUGUGUGAGGCUAAACAGCUAAAAUCUCAAUCGGCUUUGCAGCGUUCUAAGCCAUACCAGAUCUUAACUAAAUAUUGAACGAAAAAAAGAAGGCUUGUAGAGAAUUCUGUAUGGUACAACAUAUGUUUCGUGGGGCAAACCUGUUUACUUUCGGUAUUUCUAACCUUCACAGCAAUCCUAACUCAAAGGUUGAAAAUAGAAGAGGUCAUCAUCGAGGCGUGAAUUUCCCACAUAGUUCGUUAUCAAAUGCAGUAAUUCUAUUUGGUCGGUAAUUGAUUUAAUUUUCUGAAAAGCGCUGUGAAAAGAAUCUAAAAGUCGGUUUAUAAAGCACCCGUAAAUCGCAUGAACGAAUAGGAGAGUUUUAUCGCUUUUCAAAAAGGAAAUUCUUAUAAUACUUUGAUGCAGUUUAAGAGAGUCAAUUAACUUUUACACUAUUUUCCUGCAAAAAGGAUUAUAAUUGAAACUCACGUAUAACUGAAAUAAAAUUGACAAUUACGAAAAAAAUGAGAUGUAUAUAUAACAUACACACAUAGCGUCCAGUGUCGUUUAUCUUUCGCAAGUUUCCGUAUUUUGUUAGAUAAUCUAAAAUUGUUGAAACUUGCGAACACCAUCAAAUCAAGAACAACAAAACGUGUAAAUAUUUUUUAUGUCUAUACGCAGAAUUAUCUAAAUAUGACAUUGCGAAAUUUUUGAGCCGAGGUUGAAUUCUUCGGCGUCAGUGAGUGCUAUUUUUAAAAGGCUACAAAACUAAAUUUAGCUGUUAGCUUGGGUUAGGGAAAUCCCUCUCCAUUGUGUAAGAUUGUGUUGGGGUAAAAUUGUUAUAAUUUGAUCCGAUCUGUCUAGCGCAAGUCCCAAACGGUUUCCAUGUAGCAGUUGUGUUUUUUGGUGGAGUAUUUGUUACACACGCGCCAGGAACGUGGACGAAGGUUCGAAUAUACUGGUAUCAUACGGAGGUUAUAACAGUUUCAGUCACGUUUGAUUAAUUCUUUUAACGCCUGUAGCACUUGUGAAGGCGUUUUUGAAUGUCGACGGCUGAUAACGUUGAUCUCAUUAGCACUUGUAUGUUGCAAAAUAAGUAUUAACUUUGUCCGUGCUUCAGGCGGGUUGUGAAAUCAUAUCUGUAUUUUAAGCUUCACGCUUUAACUGUAUGGCAAAUGAACAACUUUACACGAGUUUAGCAACCCUUUUCUUUUGUUUCACCGAGCGAGACAACUUUUUGAAUUUCAUAUUUUAGCGUUGAUUAAAAAUGUUGUCUGAGUAAACGCAAGUUAUUUGGGUAAAGAUUACACAGUAUUGAAGGAAUUUUUCAAAUUGGAUAAAAGGUUGUUAUUCCCUUCAGUCCAAUUUAGGGAUUUGUCCAAGAAUUGAGAGAAUUCUGCUCUUGUUUAGAUUAGCCGAGUUCUGAGCGCUCUUGAAGUAUGUGGUUUUUGUUAUUUAUAGUUCUCUACCUGUGUUUUUAUUUUGCUUUUACUUCUUAUGAACAACGAAUUAAAGGUAAAGAGAUUUACCUAAACAGAAAAUCUAUGGGCGUCGCAACAUUCAGUCUAGGGCUCUGGAAUGAAAACCGCUGUUUCUGUUUCUUACGCUGUAAAAAGUACCUCUAACUUUUGAGUCUGCGGCUAAAAACCUUAGGGUGUGACCUCGCAUUUGAAAGCUAAGCAUUAACUCUGUAUGGUGCCCUUUCCCAUGCCAUAAAAGGUGAUUCUAACUUUCAGUGCUCUGGAUAGUAAACGUACACGAAGUACGUGACCUUUCAAAUGAAAAGUUCUGAGCAGUACUUUCCAUGUGGUAAUGUUCAAGGUGAUUCCAACUUUUAAGUUUGUGGAUAAAACGCUAGUGUUUUCACUGAACUAGUAGUGUUCACUAUGCUGUACUAAAUACGGGAUGAAAAUUCAUAAAAAAUUUUAAUCGAUGAUCUGUGGUCCUUUCUUAUUUCAUGAUUAAAAUGUCCGUCAUUCCCCAGUCAUUACAUACAGAAAUGUUUCAUCUCUGUCAUUUCAUGAUUAAUUAGGAAAAAGAUAAGACAGGUUUCUAAUGGAAAAAUGGAAUGGAAAGCAUUUCGUUUCGACAACCUCGGAGGUCUUUUAAUUCUUUUUAUCAGUGAUUAAUUCUUGUCAAUGUGUGAAGGACGUAUUUUUGAUAUGAAAGGCCUUAGUAUUCGCAUUAUUUGCGGGAAGUCAUGCCAUUUUGGCAGCGACGGUUCACGACAGCAUGAAUCUCUGAGCUGCAUCAGGGCUACACGCUGAGAGAGAGGAAAAAAACUGUGAUUGGUCCCUAGUUCGUGUUACCAAGACAAUUACCAUCACAGAAAACAACGAGUGAUGUUGGUCUUUGAAAAUUUUUCUCAUUUCAUUGCUUUUGAUUGUUAAAACGUUUUAGCAGCUACAUUAUUUAAAGUCAAAACAACCGGCAUUGUGAUAAACCUCGACACAUUAGUACAAGGACUGAUAUCGCCUUAUUUACUAUACAUUCACAAAUAUGGCAAUUAAAUAUCCGCUUUUGUGGAUGUCCUGUUAUUUCUUUACGCCCUUUCAUGUCAAUAUUAGAGGAUAAGUAUUCCGCUAUCAAAAUUACUUAGAAUAAAUUUUGGGGGGAAGAUCUGUGCGUGUACAUUAGUUGUUUAGGACAAAGUUCAGCUUAUAAAUCCCUCUAGGGCAUGAAAUAACAUACGAGACAGCUGUUAUGUCUGGCUCAGAAACAAAGAGUUUAGCUCGCCUUUAGCCGAUCCCUCCUAGGGAAUUUAACCUUUUUAUUGCGUUCAGAAGCGUGUGAAAUACCCGUUUCCAUCCAAAAGUUCACGUUGCAUAAUAUGGAUUGACAUUCACACGCAAGGAACUCCAUGUCGAGAAACUUAUAAUCGAUCAUUCAGAAGUAGAACCACGUUGUAAAGUUUAAGUUUGCCCACCCCUCCCCCAAAUGUGUGCAUGAGUUACAGAAAGCUUGUAGCUUCACCACAAAAGUGACAAACACUCUGUCAUCACUAUGGUUAUUGAUUGUAGUUUUAAUGCCGUUAUUUCAAAAGUACUUCCGAUUUCACUAAUCACCCUUCUUCGUUUGCAUGCUAUGUCACCUUGCCUGUAUGUUUGUGUCUGCAAGAAGUUCGAUUUACGGGCGGUAAACCUCCGAUGUCACGAAUCUAUUUGUGAAUUCUUUGGUGCGUUUCGGUUCUGUAAAUCGCGAGAAAUUUGUUGUUCUGAUUUCUCUCGAUUGGAUGUUCUAAGAAGAUGCCUACCUUUUCAGAUCUUCAGAUAAUUUUUUUUCUCUAAAAAAAUGCGGCACCCUUUCCUUGAUCUGCGUUGAACCUGGCCGAUCAACGGACACUUCACGCAAAGAAAUUUGGACAUCAUUUGUCGUCUUAGAGAUUAAUUGCCAAAAGACUUCCUUCCACUUAAAAUCUUUUCAUCCACCGCCUGCUCCUAGGCUUUGUGACCCAAAGAAAAAGAAAAAGGAAAAAAAAAUUGCCCCCUCGGGAAAUGAUAGCCUUUACGUAGAGUACCGCGUUCUCUAUUGACGUUUCUUAUCCGCCAUUUUGAUUUGUAGCAAAUAGAGUUUUGCUACGAGACUGAAUUGUAACAUUUGAGUGCAAAAUUGUUACAGAAGAAUAUCGUUGCGGUUUCUUUACGGAUAGACGUGGUUAAAAUGCUAUUUUAAAGUUAUGAUCUCUCGAUGGUUACAUGUGAAUGGGUCAUUUUCAGAAAAGGUUUACUGAUCAUUUCAUUUGUUAAUGAUAUAGUCGGCGAUAUCUAUCGAAUUCAGCUCUCUUUUGAAGAAUCUACAUCCGUUUCGGUAAAGGUAAUCUGAAUUCAUCCUCACGAAAGCUGUACAGACAGAAUUAAUCCCUACGCGGAAUAAAGCUGACUUUUGGAUCGAAGAGUGAUGCAUUUUGCGCAGUUUUUAACCUAUAUUGCGUCAUGCAAAAACAUUGACUUUUUGAAGAGAGAGGGAAAGAAGUACUCUAAAAUUUGUUUUACUGUGGUAUACCACUCUCAAAACUAAAUGUCCCAUAAAAAGUUUGGAAAAAACUUAUGCUUCAUGCAAUCAUGCAUGUUGUUUUAUUGUAUCGAAUGUAAAAUUGUUUUUACCGAUCAUUCGAGAACAUUCGUGGCCUCGCUAUAAGCCUCCUUAUUUCUGACAUAAGCUAGGCUAGAAAUUGCCCAGUUUUCAGAUCUGGAUUUUUUUUUCAAAAUUUAAAGAUUUUUGCAGCCAUGAAAAGUAGUAAAUUCAAUCAUUUUAAGAUCUGAUUUCUGUCACUGGAAAAGUCUUUAGAUGCCGAGAGCUUUUGUAAAAUGUGCCUUCACUCUUAAGAAGUCAAUCUUCUCUGAAUUUGUGUUCACAACUGGUGUUGUGGCGACAAAAGAAUAAUGGCACUUUGCCAUGCCCUGCGCGUGCGUACAAGAUUUAGGACGAGUUUACAAGAGGCUUUGUAAGUCAUACUAGUGCGGAAGAAAGACAGCUUUUUUUGCAGAAAUAAAUACAUUUAAGUACAAAGAGAUCCUAAGCAAUAAUACUUCAAAACUGAGAAAGCUAUGGGAAUAUCCUGAGAAAGACAAGCUUUGCGCCCUUCAAAUACGGAUUAUAACUACUGAAUACUACUUCUCUGGAGUUUUAGACUUUUAAAUCUCUUUCACCGGUAAGAUGUCUGAUAAUUUAAACAUGUCACUUUUUUCUUUGCAUUUGGCAAGAAAUCCACGCAUUGCUUUCAAAGCCGCAUGAUAUCAAAGAACUUUUCCUUGAAAACGUUUGUUAUAUCAGUGGUGAGCUUGGUCUUGUUUGCGAAAAGAUUGUAAGUCGAGGAAAUCAUUGGCUAGCUGUUAUAACUCGGCAAGGAAAGUCAGGUUGCUCAGGAAACUUUAAAUGGGUUUACAGAAAAUCCGUGCAAUACUCUAGCAAAUUUUUCUCUUCAGCAAUAAUCUAAUUUUUUUCGUUUAUUAAAAUUUAAAUUCUUUUUUGACCUGCAUCGAGGUAAACGCGGUGUUGUGAUUAAAGCUUAAAUCACUUUACUUAGCGUAAAAUUUGUUAGCUUUUUCAAGAGAGCGCACAAACACCAAUUGAAUUGAAAAUGAUGUGACAAGGGCUUAGUAACGCCCCUGAAUUUUCUCUGAGAAAGCUUUGGCCUUCGAUGAUCGCUGUUAUUCGCUGCUACCAGAAAAGGAAUCAAUUUUAAGAAUCUUAAGUAAAUUAGCGAGUUGAUAUGUGAAGGUGUUAUAUGUUGCAAAUUAGCUCGAUGUAUGUCCAAGAUUUCAAGAGUGUUGUUCGCGAGACGAAACAGACAAAGUCCAACAUCACGGCUCAGAACAGACACUGCGUUUCUCGCAUUUUAAAACUGUCUUAUUCUUGUGUUCUGGUGUUUUAGGCUGUUAGAUGACCCGUAGCAAAGUACGUUAGAAUAAUUCGGUAGUUCUAAUUCGAAAUUAUUUUGAUUGAGAUGUGGUCUUUUCGAGGUAAAUCUUGAGCUUAACUCAUCGCGUUAGAAAUUAUCGGAUUAAAAAGUAAAUCUUCAGUAAGUCUUCCGUUAUUGUUGCAUGUAACAUAUACUGGCACGAAAGGUUAUCAUUAGAGUGAUUUUUAUUGGCAAUAUCACUGCUAUAGCAUGUCGCUUAGCAAUUUUUUUCAUGAGAUUCUGGACAGUUGACUAAUCCCACACGACACUGAUUUUUGCAAUUCUUUUCAAAGUAAUCCAAUGGAUAUCCGAAACAAAAUUAGCCACCACGAUUCCGAAGAGCAGCGAACAAUAGCAAAUGUGUCUGUUUUGUUUUAUAAAUACAAUGUUGCAAUUCGCUCCGAAAUAAUUUUUUUAACACUUGCUGUAUGCUCUCGAGAAAGUCCUUGAAUUCAUUAAAACAUGAAGAAUAGAUCUUAAGCAGUCAAGCACUGGAUAAUUUUCCGUUAAAGAUGCAAGAGACGUGUACUUUUUUUACGCACCAUUGUACAUUGAGACCUCAGUCCCAGCGCAACGAUAAUUUUUACUGGUUUUCUCUAAAACAGUAUUUUACAUCAAUUUACUCUGGAUUUAAUCUUCAGUCAUUUAUUACUCUGUGGCCAUUUUUGCUUAAAAAAUUUACGGAUUAGUGACUGAGGUCACCAUCAGUUUGCCUUUGAUUCCAUUUGCUGUAAAAAAAACACGAAAAGACCCUAGAUUCAUUUCUAUCUUUUAGGGAUCUCGAGUGUUUAAUCUUUCAAUAGCUAGGGCACUAAUCAAAAGCCGCCACAACUUCAAAACGAUCAAACCUUUUUCCGAUCUUCGGCAUAUCUUUUUAUGCAUAUUGCAGCAUUUGUGAGCAGCGAUUGAGUAGGAUUUUCCAUGGGAAAAUCGUUAAAUGGUUCGAUCAGCUCAAGCCUUUGUGAUUUAGGCAAUUUCGGAAUGAAUUUCAUGCAGGUCAGGCAGGAAAAACUUUAGGUCGUAAUUAAUGAGAUAUCUUACACAACGCACGUUUAGCGAGUAUUUUUUGAAACUGUGGUAUAUUUCAAAUACAAUUAUCUCUGGCUACCGAGUAAUCUUACAGUAUUAUCGAGGAAAACCAGACUGUUCUGGUUUUCAUAUUUCAGCGAUUCUCUUACCCUGAAGUAGACAAAAAAAAUUAUUAAAUAACAGUAGAGCCAGAAAGACCCUUGCCCUUUUUUCUUCCUUCUGUUGAGUAAAAUCUAAAGUUCUGACUUGUGAUAAAGGCAAAAUAGGAGUUGUCUUUCUCUGUUUAAGAAAACAAAGAUUGAAUCACGUAAAAUUAUUAAAAAGAAUUCUUUUGAAUCUACUUGAGAGGGUAAACCACUUUCGCCAUAAACACAAUCCUUAGUAAACAUUUCAUAGAAUAUAAUUACUAGAUAUUCCCUCUUUCCUUCAGUUCAUUUAAACCCUUCACAUCCUAAUAUCAGUGUGUAAGUUCUCCACACUGUUCUGUAUACAUUUUCUAUGGUACUUGCGGGGAGAAUUUGUCUAACAAUCAAAAGCUUCUUGAGUUUACGAUCGAUUCUUUUAUUCUCGUAACCUUAAUGUUUGAUUCAGGGGCUGAUACUGUUGGGAGAAGCUAGAUUUGUAUCAGUCGUAGCGGUUAAAGAGUUAGUAAUCACCAAUUAUUGAAAUUCCAAUUCCACCUGGAAUCAGUAGAAACCUCUUGUACUUGAUUCUUAUCAGCAAGUUAUAGUUUUACUUCAAGUGCUUUGUGAUAAUCCAGUGUGAAGUACGUUGACUUGGUCUAACGAAGAUUCUAAGGAAGCGUAACUCUGUUCAGUGCGCUCAAAAACAAUAUGACAUUAAAGGACUAUUCAUAGGCUGUUUAACAGCCAUCUGAUACUUUGUAACUAUCUGUCGACGAAAUUGUGUAACGACACGUAACAGAUGAAAAAAGUUUAAGUUAAGUGCGUGGGAAAGGCGGUCUGUUGUAACUUUUUGCGUGAGCAGAGGAAAGCAAGAAAAUCAACUUAAUACUGGUUUAAUAAUUGCUGCUUGGGAGGAACUGAAAUGCUCUCCGGCAGUAAAUGAACAUGCUGAAAUUUUUAAAUGUAUAUCACUAGAGGAUAAAAAAAAGAUGGAAAGAAAUACAAAGAGUUGGUGUAUUCUCGCUUUUACACUUUCUUGCAAGAAUCUGCGGCUUAUCUUCUGAAGGGCUUGGCCUUGACAUCAAGAACCCCUCUUUCUACCCUCGGUAUUGACCAUUCCUGUUUUAUGCCUGUCAGCUGCUACUCAAAGUAAAGUAGGGGAUUUACAUUUUAGAGAUAUUUGCACGUUCUAUUGCGCAGAUGCAAUUAUUCGGGUGGAGAGGGGGGUGAAGAAUCGAUGCUACCCCUUACUCUCCCCCCUGGCGGGAGGGAGGCAUGUUUCGCCCAACAGGGUGUAGACCUGGAGUUUUGAUUCCUCAUGCCCGGGAGAUAAAAUUCAUUGUUGAACGUCGUAAACAGGGUGUCUCUACUGACAGUGUCUUACUUUAAAACUUAAUACGAUCGCUCUUUCACUAUCAGAAUUAAGGAGCGAUCAAAAUGGAAUUUCUGUGUUCAAUAUCGUUGCAUUUAAAAGAGAGAUGAUGAAAGGGAAAAAAAAUCAACCAUGGGAUAUUGAUGAUUGACAGCAAAUUCUCAAAGCUAAAAUUAUAAGAAAAUGUAUGGCGGAAACCAAGGAGAAUUUAUGUUAUGAUCAUGGCAAUGAAAGUGUUGGCUUUAUGUGCGUGAUAGGCCACUGGCCACAUUUUAUAGCGAUAAUUUAUCCUGUACAGCACAUGCGUAUGAAAGGAGUUUGUCUCAAGUAUGGAGAAGGUUUAAACACGUCGAUGGUACUCCUCUAUGCUUAAGUUCCCUCAGUGCUCCUCUCAACUGUGCUCCGUGAAACGUUAGAGGUUCUAUAAAAGAGUCGAUGAAAACUGCGCUCGCAGUGAAGAGGGUUAUGAUAAAUAUUAACGAAUAUUGCAAACAAAACACACGCUUCAUGUGAGCUCUUCCUAUUCCACAGAUUUAAUUAAAUUUAAUUUCCCCUUUUUAAAUUAGCUUAACAGGAUUGAUCAAUGGAACUUAAAUCUGCACCUAGUGUUACGAUUUUGAAAACGAGGGUACAUAUGUCCUAUCAACAUCAGCACUUAAGUAUUAUCGACGAAGGUUGGCAUUCAAUACUCGAGAUAUGUCAUGUAACAGUAUACAUACAAUUGACAGAGCCAGUGUUGAACUCGGCCGUGAAAUUGACCAACGAACUGAGACUGCCGUUUCAUGAAAUCGUCGAAAGCGAUCUGGCAAAUGGGCGAGUCGUAAAGUUCCACUGCCAGCUUCGCUUGGCUUGAAGUCAUUUCUGACAGAGCUUUUACACUCACUGCGAUUAUGAGGCAUGAUGGUCAGCUGACCAGGACCUUCAUCAUUACGUAAAUGGCUUGCGAACUUUAAACUUUAAUCGCUUUCGUGGCGAAAGAACUGAAGUGUUUCAAAUCGCCGAAAAAUGUUUACAAAAAGGCUUACUAGGCUCACGCAAUUUUCGACCACGAAUAUGGCCUGGAGAAAAACUGAUUAGGUAGAAAUUUUAUUGAAGUAAACCAAUGGAAAUAAAUCUCAUAAAAUAUUAAAGAUCUCAAAGGCCUGUGGCAUACGAAAAUCGAAUGGUAAGUCUGUGGUUCAUUGUAAAGGUGGGGCCCUUAACAAAACAUACCGACCGUCGCAUGUGCUCUCUACGUCACGCAGUCUAUCAGCAAUGACCCAUGCAUACGCUGCUACAAACGACUUUGAUAAAUUGCCUUCACGAUAGGCUGAACCGAAAGGCUUCCCUUUAAUAAAAUAAAGAAAACAAAAACAGACUUGUGCAUUGAACCUAAACAAACAGGCACUUGUGGACGAAAAUAGCAACAGCACACUUGAAUGAUAAAUUUUCAUGCAAUGGGAAAAUUCGCGGUUAGAAGAACAUUCUGCGGCAAAAUCGUAAACAAGAGUACGUAAAUCACUGAACCAACCACAGUGUCGCCUGGAAACGCACACCUCGUUUCCACCCAACCGUUAAAAAAAUUGAAUAAAUUGGUUGCUCUUUAUAAGCAAGAGUUUGCACUCUUCUUCACUCCAGUCGUUAUAGAUGUUUAAACCGGGCCAGAACAUUGAGCGAUAAUACUUCAGUGAAUAUGCAAUGUCCAAAUUUUUUCAGAGCGCUUUAUAUGGACGUAAUUCUCCUCCGCAAGCAACCUGAAGCAAUCCGCGCGCGUCUCUGUUGCAUGGUUGUAUUCCUCGCGCGUCUAACGCAUACACGUAAAUGAUUUCAGCCAUAGGAACGCCCCCAACUUUUCCUUCAAUCAGAAAAAUACAUUUUCUUUCCCCAAAAGACUUGGAUUUCCACCCAGUUUGGAUUUUAGAUUUGGACAUUUCUUAAGGUAGGUAUGGCUGUCAAAGGAACUAAAGUAAGUGAAUAACAGGCAUGGAAAGAAUGAAAAAUUCAUGAUUUGUUAUCGUUUACCGUGGAAGGGGGCGGGGGAGGGGAGGAGAGGGAAAGUCGAAUGGGCCGCUUUUACAGAGUCGACAAAAUCUACAAAAGGUUCAUCUCCAAGAAAGAAAAACGGAAAUCGAGAAGGAAAUCCGAAAACGAGAAGAGGAGGAAAAGAACUGAAGAUAUCUGAGCCAAGGAACUCCCUCUGCACUUUAACUGCAGCGUAAGGUUAUGACUUAUACACUUAACAUUCUUUUCAAGUAUAAGUACAGAAGUGAUUGUUAUAACAGAAGGAGAUCGUUUUGUGUGUUCUAAGAUCAUGUUCCCAUGGAAUGGUCAACAUUCAUGAUCAAGUUGCGUUUUGCUCGCUGAACUCAGUCACGCGUGUUAUUUUACAAACGUGCAUGGUCAGGUCUCAUUACAAAUUCAUAAUUCUUAUUCGGAUACGUGCUCGCUAAAAAUCAGCUGUUGCAACAUUGCUUAGUUGCGGAUAAAUCCUUUAUAGUUCAAAUAAAGGGCCCUGAUUGAUCCAACUGAAAAUUUCUGAUCGGGGGGUUUAACGCUUUGAUAAAGAGUUUAGAUGAACUCGGCGGGCGGGGAACUAAAGUAACGAGAUGUUUUGCUCCUCUCCACUUGAAAUAUGAGAGCCGAUAUUAUCCAAACGCAAAUUGUGACACUUCCAUGACGGAAAAUGUACCAAAAAGAGAUAUACAGUUGAUUUAUUAACGUUUGUUUUUCACUUACGCUUUUAAAGUAUUUCACCGCGAUGUUUUCUUGCGAGCCAAUCUAUUCCUCGAGAUCUAUUCAACAUUCAAAUAUAACAUACAUGCUAAAGAAUUCCAAAAAUAAAAAUUAAGAGCGUGAUUUUUAUGGUCGAUGGAACAGGAUGAAGAAGCGAAAAAGUAAGGUAAAUUUCCACUAAAGAAAAGUGUUUUGUUCUCGCAAUUCAUGGUAUUUGUAUCGGCCAGAUGGAGAGAUACAGAUGUCAGUUGCACACGUGUAUUUACGCUGUUAUUUUGCAGCGGCCGAAGUGUUAACUCGAUAUAUCGUGAGCUUCUAUAGGCCUGUCUAGUACUGUUAUGUAACAUUUGACUGUUGUCUCUUCCGUCCGUCAAUCAAGCUAUUGUAGUUAGGAACUACGCAUGCUCUGUUGGCUCGUCUUCUCAAAUGACAUAAUCGUAUGUCAAAGGUUUAAGUUCAAUACUUUCCUUUCUGUGCACUUUCAACGAAAGUCGAGGAACAUUUCUUUCGUCUGACUGAGUUUUCUGUUCUUGAAUACUCGAUUUCACCAUCAAGAGAGCGUUCAAGAGGCCGAAAUAGACAUGGAAGAGGUGAGAGGGCCGCGUAAACUGCGGAAACGGUCACGAAGCGAAAGUUCCGAUGAUUCGACCUCCUCAAGUUCGGAAAGAUCUAAGCUAAAGAAAACAACGAAUGGAUUUUGCAAUAAUAAGUCCAGCAAAUUGGCCGACGAUCAAGCAGUUUAUGGGCGAAGAAUACCUUAUUUCGGCGAAAAUUCAAUCAAUGAUAUCUUAAAGGUUGUGUCUCUUCAGUCAUUCUCCAAUCCUCGGCUGUCGUUGUUGAAUGAUGGUGAAAGAGACGUACAAAAGCUGUCGAGUAGGGCAGAGUCGGACUGUCUGUCUGAUUCGUCAAGUGAAGAAUUAUCCCGCAAAGAGAGGUCAGAUUCGUUCAGCGAAGAAACAGGAGCAUCAAGCGAACAUUCGAAUCUUGGGUUGCCUUCGAACAAAUCCCGCGGCAGACGAAACGAUUUCAAGAAUGGUAGUAGUGGGAUUACAGAGGCAAUUGGAAAAGAUCAAAGAUAUUGGGAGAAACGGCAGCGAAAUAACGCUUCCGCGAAGCGUUCGCGAGAUGCAAGACGCGUGCGAGAACUUGAGACUCAAAUUAGAGCCGAAUACCUCGAAGAUGAAAACUAUCGGCUGAAAGUUGAAAAUGAAGUUUUACGAGAGGAGAACGCGCGACUACUCAAAACCAUCGAGAGGCUAAAACAACAUAGCUCCAACAAGGACUAAAUCGAAUGAUCUAGCUUGUGUAAUACUGUAUUUUAUUUUGCGUGAAUAACUCCGAGGGACAGAUUCCAUGAAUUGACUUCAUCAAAUUUAAAUUGUAUCCUUUUAUUUCACCACUGUAUAGAUUUAUUACCUCGUGAGCGCAAAGAGGUUUUCCACUAUCCAUAUGUUCAGGUUUGCUUAGGAGUGACGCAACCUACUCGUCUGCCUUUCCCGCCGUAGUGAAUUUCAUAUUUUCCAUCGCAAUGAUAGGCGGUGUAUUCUUGAUAGAAUAUUCAUGCUUACGAAAUAGUGAACUCGAUUUAAUAGCCCCAAAAGGUGGCAUUUCAUAUUCGUUUAGCUUUAUUUUCUGAGAUAUCUCAAGGUAUCGAGAUUUUUUCGUGACAAAAGAAGUGAUGCAAAUUUUUGUUCAUUUGGAUACAAACUAAGACCUCUACGGAUACGUCGCGUGAUAAACAGAAUAAGGUAUCUCGAAUCUCUGUCGUGAAAACCGCGAAGCAAAGAUUGGAAUUUGCUCCUAGAAGCUGCUAUUUGAUACAAAGAUAUUCUUUUGACAUAGUGGCGGUUUGAAUUAGUUCUAACUCAGACGACUAUCACGUGCCUAAGAAGGCUUUGAGCUGGAAGAACAAAUGUGAAAGUGUUUACGCACGAGAUCGGCAGUAUGUACAACUCGUCUAAACAUGUAUUUCGUCGAAGGCAGUGAUGAAAGGGAAGUUCUUAUUGGAAGAACUGUAAUCUUUUUCUAAAUGGCUUCGGAAAAGUCUUGAAGAAAGAAGGUUUCCUGUCGAUUGAAACAACUGGCACGUGAAAUCUGAGCUUAUAGAUUAUGCAGACAUUUUGUUAUUUCGGGUUUAGAAACCAGUCGCCAUGUAUAUUUAUGUGUCUUAAAAUAUAAGUGGUGUAACCUACUAGGGCCAAUGAAAUCAUUAGAAAUGAUUUUCAAUUGCGAUCAGAAGAAUUUGUUAAGACUAUACUCAGAAACUUUUCAGUGCUGUAGAAUUUAAGACCUGUAAAUUUUGAAAAAAUGUAUGUGAUAGAGACCUCACAGUUGCCCCCGUGUAAAACGGAAUGUAUAAAAAUAACUUGUUGUGGCUGAAUGUACCCUUUGUAUUUGUUGAAGUGGUUUAUUAACAAGAUUGAAACGUUGAAAAUAGUGAAACAAAGAUUCAAGUGAAACUCCAGGAUGUGAAAAUUUCAAAAUAUAGCGUGCUGCCUACUGUUGAAUGUUAAUUAACUUCGUCUGUCCUGAUAUGAAUGUUUCUGUAGUCAAUCAAUCUGCAAUAGGCUUACUGAACCCUGCAUUAACAUAUUUUGUUCCAGAUUAACAAUCAUGCAGAGCUGGUUUGUGUUAGAGGGACAAACCUUAAAAAAAAAAAAAAAAAAAACAGCAUUUACACAAUAUGCUAUUUGUCAUAGAUGUGACAAAUUUUAUCAACUUCUCAACCACUAUAUGGUGGCACUGAUAUGAAAGAAUAUUAUUAUCAGUAUUAAAUAUUCUUUCCUGUUUAAAAAAUAAAAACUGACUUCACUGACUCAAUCUAUACAGUUAAGAAUCAAACAAGCUUGAAGUGUUAAAAGACCUACAGGCAACCUAGAUACUCAAGUAACUGUAAAAAGGGAUCUGCUUUCCUGUUUACUAUUAAAAGUAUAUUGCUAGAUAAGCCUUGCUUGUGCUGUGGCAUUUUAGUUAAAAUGGAUAUGACUACAUGAGUUUUAUUGAUAACAGUCUAUAACAAUCUAUGAUUACUGGGGCAUGUUUGGGCCAUGCUCUUUGAAACUUUUUUUUUUUUUUAACACAAGUAAUUUGCUAAAAAUACUUAAAACUCCUUUGACCGCAGUUCUAUGAACACUUUGUAACAACAUGUAUUUAAUAAUUGUAUUUCACUUUUCAUAUUAACAACACUGUAGCCAGUUACUGCUUAACAUAGUAGUUAGGACAGCUCCAAUAGCUGUGGUUCAUGAAACUUAUUUCUCAAAAGAAUACUGGACAAUUGUUGAAAUAAAAGACAAACAGCACUUCAAGUGUUUUCCUCUUUUGUUAGGGAUAGUGUUUAUUUGGUUAAAUCUCCUACGGAGCAUUGACCCGGAUAUAAAUUCAAAAGGAUCUGAAUGUCAUUUACAUUGUGACAAGAGAAAGGAGAUCCAGUAUCUUGGUCUUUUGACAAGCUCUGAAUUUAAAAGAAAGAGCAGUUAAUCUAUUUACCUGAUUUAUUUCCUGACUCUCUUAUUUUUCUUUUUUUUGGCUAAAAAAAAAAAGUGCAUCUCAAGUUUUUUCAUCAUCUGCACACUUAGCUGAAAGUAUUUGGGAAGUUGUGAAGAUGAAGUCAGCCGUCUGCUGGUGGUAAUUUUAACUUGCAGAAUGUUUCACCCAAAUACAUCUGCCAUCAUUUACAGCUUAAGAGCAGUUGUUGCCUCACCAGGCAAUUACACAGCUUGAGAUGACUGUUAACCUAGGUUUCAGCAUAACCUUUCAACUUUUGUCUGAAAAUAACUAACAAAGACUCUCAAUUCCAGAGUGUCAUUUGAUAAUUAAUUAAAGGAUUUGCUGACAUUAGAUCGUCCACAAUUAUUAGUCUUUGUUUCCUAUCAUGAUUGCAUUGUAGGGGGGAUUUUUCUUUUUGUAGUCGUGGAAUUGCCUUAAGGUGUAUCAGUGUAUCAAAGGUUACUCAAGGAAGAUUAGAGAAUUGUGAAACCUGUCAAGAUAAUGAAUGCAUUUAAAUGGCAGAGUUGUUGCCAUUCUUUUAACAAAGUCUAAAUUGAGCCUGGUUACUCUUAGGAUAUUUAUAUAUAUGUAUAUAUAUAUACAUAGUAAUUCUAUCAAGGAAUCGAGUAAAUUUAACCCAGUAACCCCUAAGAGUGUCCAGUAUCUAAUUUCUCCUUACAAUAUCACCCUUGAAUCAAACAUUUAGGUCAUGAAAAUAGAGGAAAUGAUCACCAACUGAAGAAGCUCUUGAUUGUUGAUCAAAUUCUCCUUGUCAAAACCUUAAGAAAUGUCUAAGGAGUAUUAUGGAGAGUAUGUAUACUGAUGUUAGAGAAUAAAAGGUUAAUUGUAUGAAAGAACUGUUGAAUCUCAAGUUACUUCCCUUGUUCUCUGUUGGCUCCAGUGAAAUCUAACCCCCUUUUAUUAAUAGUUCACGUAUCUAUUUCUACAGGAAGUGGGCGGUGUAUGCAGCAGAACAUUCGAGUGCCCUACCGGUGAUUCUGGAAGUAAUCCAGUCUGCGGCAGUGACAGAAGGACAUACAGCAGUCGUUGCACUCUUCAGCUUGCAAAGUGCAAUGGGCACAGAGUCAGAAUGGCUUAUAAGGGAAGCUGUAAAGGUGAGAAUGAUUUGGUCUUAAACACACUGCCUUAUCUUUUUGCAGAAUUUGGGUCUUAACCAAAUCAAGAAAGAAUUCCUCCUUAAUUUAUCUGUACAAUAUACAAGUGAUGAGAACGAAAAAAGUAUCAAUCAUCAGAUUACUAAUUGAUCUGUUACCAAAUUCUCCAAACUGAUAUAACGAGAACUGUGGGCAGACAGUAAGGAGAAUUACCAAUGAGACCUUGGGAGAUAGAGGGUUAAGUGUUUCAUGAACAUCAUAACUAACUUUCAACUCACUAAUGGUUUGAAUGAAAUAAAUUCUCUCAUGUUAACAUGCAUUGAAGUUUAAAUUGCAAUUUCAUUGCAGGUACAAGACCAUCAGUGCCACAACGCUCCCACAACCUUGUAAUGACCACUACAACCAAGUGUCUGCGUGAGAGACAGGAAGCACUAUCAAAUGCAAGAGCAAAAGAUCUCAUCAUGCUUGGUGUCUUUGUCCCUAAAUGUGAGGCUGAUGGCAGCUUUAGUCGAGUGCAGUGCUUAAACUCAUCAGGUUAUUGUUGGUGUGUAGACCGCGAGGGUAAAGAAAUGUCAGGAACCAAAGUGCGCCAGCGUACACCACAUUGUCCCACAAUAAGAGCACACAGUAAGGGUUUCGUUGAAAAUUUUAAACUACAGUUAAGAGAAACACCAGGACCACUUAUCCCUUUACACCCUAACAUCAGGAUUAAUAUUCUCUAAACUGUUCUCUGUAGAUUUCCUGUGAUACUGACAAGGAGAAUUUGGCUAACGACUGUAACCUCUUAGGUGGGUGAACCAUGCCUGAACAGUUCCAUGUUGUCUAACAAAAAAACAUGGCAUUCAUGACAACCCAUCCAUCUACCAUUUCUCUAUUUGACACCCCUGUAAGUUCCUCUUCACCCAUUCACUCCAAAGAGUGACCAGUAUCUCAUUUCUCCUUACAAUGUUACCCCUGAGUCAAACAUUAAGGUCAUGAGAAUAACAGAAAUGAUCACCGACUAAAGGAGUUCUUGAUUGUUAAACAAAUUCUCCUUGAGAAAGAUGUUUUUUGUCUUGUCACAAGCAUGGGACAAAGAAAAAAUUCUGAUUCCCCAGGAAGAAUUGAACCUUAGACCUGCAGAUUCUACCCUCCCAUGCUCUGCCACUAAGCCACAGAGACUCUAUGGUGAGCGAGGUCUAUUAUGAAGUUCAUAUGACAGGCGUCCUGCAUACUGUUAGGAUUAGCAAUGUCAAUAGUGGCAUGUUUGUACAUUGAAUAAGAGAGAUGGAAAGUUCUCCUUCUCAGCACCUUAGGCAAUUUAUGGAGAACAGUGUGGAGAAAUGUAUUCUGAUGUUAGGGUGUCAAGGAUUAAAAUUAAAAGUAUUGUUAAGAAAAGCAGAAGUUAGAUGUGAUUGUGUAGGACAAGUGUGAGUGACUCUUAACCCUUUGAAUCAGCAGAGUGACCAAAGCAGAAUUUCUUCUUACAGUAUCAAUACAUUAACAAGCAGACAAGUGAUGAGGAUAAAGAAAAAUAUCAAUUAGGGGAUUACUAGUUGAUCCAAUACCAAGUUCUCCAGACUUGCAUCAUGAGAAUUGUAUGUUAUAGACAGGGAGGAGAAUUACUGAUGAGAUCUUGGGAGUGAAAGGGUGAAUUCAGACCAUGACCAAGAUCUUUUUUAUGUCCCAUUUUUCUAGGUCAGCCAUCAGAGAAACCAUCAGGAAAAGGCUGGAAGUCAGUAAAACCUUGCAUUAAUUGUAAAGGUGAGGUAUUAAAUAGCUGCUGACGAUAAUCUUAAAGAUUCAAUAAAAUGUGUUGUUAGGAAAUAAAUUCAGGAAGUCAUUGAAUCUACUGAAAUCACAACCACAUAUACUUACAAAAGAUUCAUUUUGACUUGUUCCAGGUUGUCCAAGAGAUGCACGCACUAAUUUUAAUGAUAAGCUUGUGAAAUUCUUAUCGAAGCAAUUCAUGGAAUAUGUUAAAAAAUCUGCAUCCAGCUCAGGACAAGUUCAAGGUAAUAAAGGAAUGACUUUGCUUUGUUUAAGAGUUUUUGCUCAUGCCACAUAACUGUGACACUUUCAAUAAAAAAUUUACAAAAGUGGUUAAGAAACCAUUGCCUUUUAACCCCUGGAAAAAUUGUGCACCAGAGGGUUGGUCCUAGGCCUUGGCUGUAACUGUUAAGGUUUAUUCUUAGGAAUAAACCUCAAUUUAUUUAUUGUGCACCUUGUUCUACCAAGGAGGGUAAAACAAAGACUGUGAAUCUUGAUAUUCACUGCAUCCUGACUGUCUGAUCAAGGAGGAGAAUUAAUUAUCAUCUGUGUAAAUGGCCUAAAAAUGGAGAAAAAAAUGCCCCAUUAAUUGAAGGGCUGGACUUGAGAGUCAAGAGGUCUAGGUUUGAAAACUGGCCAGGUCUAAGUGUUGUUUUUUUGGGUAAGAUGUGUAACUCUCAUGGUUCGCUUUUUCAAAGGGCUAAUACUUGAAAAGUCAGCUUUGAACUCAUUACGGAAGCCAGUUUAUGUUAUCAACUCAGUUGAUAAUACUUAAUAACCCUGUUAUACUCCCCUACUGACACAUCACCGCAGUCUCUUUUGAAACUUACCCCCUUAACUCUCAUGGUUCCUCUCUCUGCUCAGUAUAAAUGGAUACCAGUAAAUUGUCGUGGAAGCCUUACAUAAUGCUGGGGACAUGGUAACCUUGCAUUGGAUUGGCAUCCUAUCUAAGGGGGAAGUAAAGAAAACCAUUGUUGCUUCAUGCAGAUGAAACUGGGAAAGGUUCUAGCUGGGUGGGUCACUCACAUAGAGACUUGACCAUUGCUUUCUAGUGUAAAUGACAUUCCAUUUUAAACCACACAGCAGAAACUAUGGGAGAUCCCUAAGUGGACAUAUUUUCAAUUUUACUGUACAAUCUUUUGUAGGUCAGUCAAGCAGCAUGGGUAAAGUCCAUCUUCUACUCUGGAAGUUCACACAUCUUGACACCAAUGCUGAUUACAUGUUGGAAAUGAAGGAACUCCAUGCUUUCCUCAAGAUUACAAAAAAAACCAUUCACCCUAAAAAGUGCAGCCGCACUUUCAUGGCUUACUGUGACAGGGAAAGAGACCAUAAAAUUUCACUCAAUGAGUGGUACUUUUGCUUUGGAGUGAAAGGUGAGGUAGACAUUCAUCAGGAGAAAAGAAAAAUGAAACUUAAAUGUAAAGGUGUGGCUAAGUUGUUUCUGUAGAAUAAUUGUUGAUCAAGAAAUGAAAUUUCAAGUAAGGCAGCCCAAAGAUAGCCUUUGAUUUUCCACCAACAAGUGUUAGUGCGUAACCUUAGAAGUGCCUAUUAAGCUUUUUUGCUGAGCAAUCACUGGUCAAAAAUCAAGCCAGGGAUUGCCACUUUUUCAUCUGGCAACUUUUGCAGACAAGAGACAACCUCGAGACCCCUCUUAUUGUCAAAAAGAUUGAUACUGUAUUAAUAUUGAAGUAAUGAUUGGAAAUAAUCUAGAAUACCUCACCCAGCCCAUGCCUCAGAACAUUAGAACCUAGUCACACCCAUGACAAUUGACAUAACUUACAUCUUCUUGAUCAACAGAAAUUAAGAAGUGCAGUGGUGAAUAUCUCGCAGCGCUGAAAGCAAGUAGGCAUUCUUCCAGUGAAAACCAACCAUACUUGCCUCGUUGUGCCACUGAUGGUUCAUUUACUCCAACCCAAUGCCAUUACUCCAUUGGUUACUGUUGGUGUGUUGAUAUCGACACUGGCAAACCAAUUCCAAAUACGACAACGAAAGCUACAUCUUUGGACUGCCGGAAGUACCGUAAGUUAUUUAAACCAAAGAGUGACCAGUAUUUAAUUUCUCCCAACAGUAAUACUGCUAAAUCAUUCAUGGGAAUAGGACUAAAAGAAUUGAUCAUCAACCUUAAAGAAGCUUUGAUUGAUAAAAAAAUUCUCCCUGUCAGUACCAAAGGAAAUGUAUAAAGUAGAGUAUUGAGAAAAUGGAUGUGGAUGUGGAUGCAAGGGUAUAAGGGGAUAAAAAUGUAGCUCUCAUUUUCUUAAAUUCAUGAAAAGUUGCAGAUCUGCAACAUUGAUGUGGUGGAUUAGGAAAAUGACAAUUUUAAGCUUGAUUGUCAAGCAGCAAGAGAAGCUCAACUUUUGUUAAUGAGAAAUUUUUUUCUUUUCAGUGUCAAAACAGAAUGCAACUGGCUUAGCAAAGAAAGGUGAGCUCCUACAUAGUUCUAAAGAACUGUUCUUCACCUGCUACCUCUCAUACAUUAGGAGUGAUUCUCUUCCUUCCAGAUCAGCAAUGUUGAUCACACACCAGCUCUCAUCUGCUCAACUUUUCUUAAGGCUAAUGAAAUAUCCCAUAGAACUGCAGCCUGAUACAUUUGUUUGAUACGUUUACCCAUUAACUUGCAUGAGUAACCAAAACAUAAUUUAUCCUUAUCGUAUCAAUACAAUAUCAAGCAGAUUACUGAUGAGAAUGAAGAAAAAUAUCAAUUAGGGGAUCACUAAUUGAUCCUAUACCAAAUUCUCCAAACUAGCAUCAUAAGAAUUGUAUGGCAGACAGUAAGGAGAAUUACUUAUGAGAUCUUAGGGGUGAAAAGAUUCAGUUAAAGCAUCAACCAAUCCAGGAAAGCUUUAUCAAUGAUCCUACUGUUGCAAUGACAUCUGAUUUUAGUUGGGGGGGUGGAGAUACAGUUUUGUCAAAACUUAUCACAAUAUCAUUGGAAAUUUUUUAACAUGUUUGGAAAUUGCCUAGGGUUUGGGCUUUUCCUGUGGAAAAAUGAUGUCCUCUACUAAGAGAAUCACACCUUUGACUCCAAAAAAAAUGUUGGCUUACAUACUAUCAUUGUGUUCUGAUCAAUCUUGCCUCUUCAAUCUGCUCACUAUAUGUAUUCUAAUGAAUGAUGUUUGUUGUUACACCUAGAAUGUGCUCAAGAUUUGUGGAUGUCAUUCAGGAAACAAAUGCUGAGACUGUUCAGGAGAGAAGUGGGUGAAGACUCUCCAAAACAUGAAGAAGAUCAAGGUUAUUGAUGAUUUAGUUAUUUAGUUAAAACCCUUUACACCCUAACAUUAGUAUGUAGAUUCUCCUUACUGUUCUCUAUACAUUUCUCAAGAUGCUGACAAGGAGAAUUUGUACAAUAAUCAAGAGCAUUUUUUUGUUGGUGAUCAUUUCCUUCAGGGACAUGUCCUUAAUGUGUGAUUCAGGGGAGAUUUUGUAAGGAGAAAUUUUAAAAAAAAUUUCCAAUGUAUGUUAAUUGCAUCUAGGAGGAUUGUUGACAAUGUUUCAAAAGUGUCAUAAGUCAUUUAAGCGAGCGAAAUCAAACUGAUUGAAGAGAAUGUAAAAGGUAAAUUGGUAAAAUUUUAGCAAGGUGACAUUGAGUAAUUUUUAGUACAGUUGUAAAACUGAAUGCAGCUUGUCUUGUCAUGAGGGUAAAAAAAAGUCCACUUAUGUCUGAGUCUUCCAUAAGAAAUUCCAAAAUAAGUCCCAGACCACUGGAUUUUGCAAUUAUUUUCUUGACCUUUGGAAAUGUUUGCUUCCUUCAAGUUGAGUUUGAGUUAUAUUAGUAAUUGUGUUGAUCUUUCUUGCUUCUGCACAGUUGAAUCAAUAAGAAACCAACGCAGAAGUGCCAGAUCAGGAAACCUUCAACUUUUUGGCACCUUUCUAUCAGAUAAUCAAGUUUUAAUCUGGAAGUUCAACCGAUUGGACAGUAACAGGGACAAACUGCUUGUGUCAAGUGAGUUUCUCACAUCAACCAUGAAGAAAAUUCUCGGAAACGUUAAACGAGGACGAAAAUGUGGCAAAAAGCUGUUGGUUGAUUGCGAUCUUGACAAAGAUAGAGGUUUAUCAAUGAUGGAAUGGACCCUUUGCCUAAGAAUACACCAUCGUCGCAUGCCGCUGCAGUAGUUUGUGGAUAUCAUCAUGCAAGUGUGAUUCAUUUCACAAGAUCCAAGAACACGGCAGCUUGUGUCCAGCACAAGAAAGCAGGCCCAGAUUAGUAGAAGUAUGGACUGGUGAUGCUGCAACCUCUAUGUAAAACAUGAUGAAAAUAGUCUCUCUUGUAGUUUCCAGGCCUCCUGUGCUUUUCACACAGGAAAAGUCAGUAAAUGAUUUAGUUGUGUCCUAUUCCCAUGUAAGAUGUUUCAAUUGAUCUCUCACCAAAAUACAAGCAGACAAAAAAACAAAUUUAAAGAGAGAUCAGAAUUCAACAAGAUGCCAUAAACGAGAGUUGAGAAGGAAAUUUCUGAAAAGAAGUAAAAAUCCUGUUUCUUUUUUUAUACAUGCAAUGUAAUUCCAAUAACUUUAUUCUCUGAUAUUUUGGGCUUUGAACUUUGUAUUUUAAUAGUGUAGGGAAUUAUUAUCAUGACUUAUACUUUACCCUGUCACUCCCAAGAACUUAUCAGUAAUUCUCCUUACCUUCUGACAUACAUUUCUUAUGAUAUUAGUUUGGAGAACUUGGUAUUGCAUCAACUUGCAAUCUCCUCAUUGAUAUUUUUCUUUAUUCUUAUUACUUGUGUGCUUGAUAUUGUAUGGAUGUUGGUCGCUCAAGGGAGUUUAAGGAUUAAACUUAUAUACCACUGUUAGCAUUACCUUAAGAGUGACUAGCAUCUAAUUUCUCCCUACAAUAUCACCCCUGAAUCAAAUAUUAAGGUGACAAGAAUGAAGAAAAUCAGAUAACCAACUGAAGUACCUGCUGAUUGUUAAACAAAUUCUCCUUGUCAGCACCUAAGGAAAUGUAUAGAGAAUUGUAUGGAGGAUAUGCAUACUGAUGUUAAACAAAUCAGAUGCAGAAAUUAAGCAAUUUUGAUUUGCUUACUUCUUUUCUGUGGACUUCGAGAAAUUUACAACUUAAAAUAAUUCGGAAUGGUCAAUCUUAUGAUAGUUUCUUGUAUUCUAAUCAAUGCAGCAAACACCAGCCAUUCAGUGGCAAAUUAAAAUAAAAGCAGUGUCAACGCAUAGUACCAGCAUAGCGUACUUGGACAAAUCUCACAAGAGACAGUUUUUAUUAAUAUAUAUAUAAAAUAACAUUAUUCUGUGUUGUACAUAAACCCUAGCUGUGCAAGAGCUUCUAGGAGAUAAGGGUUUUUAAAUUAUGAGGUAAUAUUUCUUUGCAUGUACUAUACUCAAUACAUUACAGAUUGGUACAUGCUCCUAUACAAUAAUUAUUCAACUAACUGAGGAACAGCAGAAACAGUGAAAUUUGAUAAAGGAGCAGCUUAACUGCCUGACAACCAUAUGCAUGUCUUAUUUUACCAUUGCCAAUAAAAUUGAACCCACAAAGGGACAGGUGUUGCUUGGAGAUACACCUUUCACUGCAAUCCACUUCAAGUUUCAGAGUGAGUAGUUUACAAAUACAUUUGAUUAUCAAAUAUCAUUAACAAGGAAACUAAGUUAAGAAUAUUUUAACCCACAAUGGAAAUGACAGAAUCAAGACGCAGCAGCAGUAUGUGGAGACCUUCAUUGGUACCCAUAGAAAACACAACAAACCGGUCUUAGAAUAGGAAAUUAUACAGAUUUUGCAGUAGUAGAAAAUGACUUUCUCAUUCAAAAUGUGAUAUUAUUAAAUAUCGUUAUAAUCAACUAUUUAAAGAGACCUUUGCAAGAACUGGCAGUUCUUUAGAAAAGUAGAGAAAAUUGUCAGUUCAAUUCUUAGAGAAUUGGACCAGGCAGCUUCAUGAUAUGGAUACAUAAUUUUAAAGUUAUCAUGGCUAAUCAACAGUCAAUAUUAAUAAUGAUUGUCAAUCUAUAUAAAUAAAUGACUAGAAAUAUUCAAACAAACUUAAAAUAGUUUUGUUACUUGUUUAAUUGUGAAUCCC